ACCCAGACGGGAGUCACAGUGGCUCUGGGACCCAGGCAAGAGGAAAACUGAGACCAGCUACAUGAUGGCUGUGUCUCGGCUGCUUGUUGGGGCUCAAAUCUCAGGUCUGGGAGCAGUGCUGGGUUUCCUUUGCUUCUCAACCAUGCUGAAUGCAGCCCCAGAGUUUUCAGGUUACCUUCGGAAGGUGCUGAAGAACCACACAACCCAUGCCUGUGAUGGGGAGCAACUGGUUAUCAUCUGUCCCCACAAGACCUCCAUUAGCAUCCUGUCUGCAUUUUAUGGUCGCCGAGUCCCCAGCCAGAACCUCUGCCCAGGCACCAGCAAUAUCUCUGUCGAGAGCAGAGACUGUAUGUCUCCUACAGCCCGACAGAAAUUGUUGGACGAAUGCCAGGACCAGAGGUGGUGCCAGUUCUCUGUGCAUAGCCAAGUGUUUGGGCAAGACCCAUGUCCUGGGACACACAAGUACCUGAUAGCUUCAUACAAGUGUAGACCAGCUAACCACCGCAUUAAGACAGUGUGUGAGAAUGACAAGCUGAAGUUGCAGUGUAGGACUAAGUCCGUCCUAACAAUUUACUCUGCAAGUUAUGGGCGAUUACUGCGGGGGAAGCCGGAGUGCGAUGGUGUGAGCAGGACUGGCCCCCACAUAGAGUGUUUAGCUCCUGAUGCCCUGAGGAGAGUCUCCAGGAAGUGUCACAAGAAGGAGAACUGCACAGUCUUAGCUGACACGGCCACCUUUGGGGAUCCCUGCUUCCCUGGCAUGAAGAAACAGCUGCGGGUCUCCUACACUUGUGUGCCAAAGCAGCUGAUGGAAGAGGUGGGCCAUGACACCUCAGACCCCUUCUUGCUUUCAGACUACACACACGGUGGCUGGUACAAAGGGCCGCGGCUGUCCAGGCUCCGUGAAGAUCUGAUGAUUUUUACUAGCUCACUAGCAACUUUUGCUCACCUCUGGGGUGUCCCUGAGAAGGUGGGGCUCUAUUUUCUUUGUGGAGUCUCUGGAGGCUUGGUGAUCCUGCUUUGCAUCUUCAGUCCUAAAAUGGCCUUCAUACAGGACAUGAAGGAGCUCUUCAAAGAUUCAGAGAUGGGAAGUAGCUCUGAGCUGACCAGGACCAAGUUACGGGAUAACCAAGAUGAGGACAACCACAAUGAUGACAGCUCCUCAGACUCUUCCUUCCGCCGCCUAACCCGCAACUACCGAGCCUCAGAGAACAUCUUCAGCCCAGAGCUGACUGCAGCCUUGGAGGAUGCAGCUGAGCUCAGGGGCCAUGAGGGCGAGGAGAUCUGGAUGCCCAAAGAAUCUAGCCCCUACGCUAUUCACAAAAUCAAAUCUGCCACCAAAUGAAAGCAAGGAGCAGCACCAUGACUGUGAACACCAUGUCAUAAUCAGCAAACAGCUUGUCUUCUCUGCAGUAACAAAUAAUGGGUGAGAGUGGGAGGGCAAAUAGCCUUGUUUGAUGCCUAGGCAUCUCAUCUGUGGACACCCAGUCUCAUUGCAGGUUUAGGUCAUAUGUGCAAUAUAUUUGUUGCUUUCAAUCUAGUCUCUGAUAAAGUUUUGUUAUGAUCCAAAUACACACUAGAACAGGUCAAAUCUAGCAGAAACAGCUAUCCAGGAACCAUUUCCCAGGAAAGAGAAUUCUGGAAAUCUCACUAAUAAGAGACAGAGGAUUCUUAACCAUGCCUGAUGGAGUCGCCUAGCCCACCAGCUCCACAGAUACUAAGAUUCUGUAGCUUCUGUUACAUACAGUAUCUGUGAAAAUCAUGAAAUUGGAUUGAUUUGGUAAAAGUUUCAUUUUAGAAGAAAACUUGAAGGGGGAAGAGUUUCAGAAUGUUUGAAAUGAUGUUUUGAAACAAUUUUCCUUUUAAUUUUUUUUUUAAAUGUUCUGCUCUCUAUUACAAAAAUCAACAGUAAACAAAACAACCAGAAAAGAAAUGUAGUUUUAAGCUUUUUCAGGUUUUGGCUCAGUUCAAAUGAAAAAGGAUUUCAAAAUCAUGAAAUCUUAGAGGACAUGGAAGUUCUUUCAUCUGUGCAGCUGUGUUCGAGACCCUUUCCAAAGCACCAGGGGGCACUGCAGGCCAGGAUUUAUCUGGAGAGUCUAAUUUUAAUCCUAAUUCUGUUAGGAGAUAAUCUGUUUGCCAAACAAAUGCAGAAGCGGAAAUCUUCCAUUGUUCUAACUGGGCUUUAUAUAUGAUGUGGUGGUGUAAUAUUUGUCAACUGACUAUUCUUGAGAGGAUAUAACAACAAUACCAAUCAAGGGAGUAAAACCGGUGCAUUACAUGGCAUUUUGUCUACUUUCCUGGAAAUAUCUGUCUGCUUUUACCGAAUUAACCUUGCAGUUCAUGCUGAAUUCUCUGCUUAUUCGUGGUGGAAUUUCUAUCAGCUGCUAACCCCUCAAAUACUGCUAAAUAGGCCUAUUUUGGUCUCAUGUGAUUAGGUAGAGCUGUGGGGGACCCAGGACUGUGAUGCACUGGAAGCAACUGAUGUGCAAAGUUUACCUUGUUCUGAUGGCAGGUCUUGUUCUCUGUACCUUGUUUUCAGAAAGGCCAAGUAUUACUUUAGAAGAGAAACCAAAAAAGCACCAGUCCUGUGCUCUGUAUUUAUACAUUACCUUAUCAAACAACAGUGUUGAACGAUAUUAGGUUGAAGUCAAGCAGAAGGUAGGACAGUGUGGCAUCUUAGAAACUAACAGGUUCAGAGAGGUGCCUUUCAUAGGCACCUUCCUACUUUGUCAGAUGGUAAGUUGUUGCCUAUGAAAGCUCAUGUCUCUCUGAACCUGUUAGUCUCUAAGGUGCCAAUUCUGCCUUAUUGAACAGGUUGACUUCCCA